AUGAGUGAUCAGUAUUCCAACUUGUCCUUUGUUGUCAACUUGUUGCAUAUCAAGAGUACUGGUACUAUGAGCAACAAAGCUUUUGGUGCAUUGCUAAAAUUGUUGAAUGAUGCCUUUCCUUUCUGUGAAAAGUUACCUACAAGCAACGAUGGUGCAAAGAAAAUUGUUGCAGAAUUAGGUCUUCAUUAUGAAAAGAUCGAUGCAUGCAAGAAUGAUUGCAUUAUUUAUUAUAUGGAGCAUGCAAAUGCAACGCAAUGUCCUACAUGUAAGCUUUCGAGGUGGAGAACACAAGAAAAGGGUAACAAAAAGAAAGGUAAAAAGGUUCCCUGGAAGAUUCUGAGAUAUUUUCCACUCACGUCAAGGCUUCAGAGAUUGUAUAUGUCAUCAAAGACAGCUGCAGAUAUGAGAUGGCAUUCUAAAGAUCGUGUGAAAGAUGGUGUAUUGAGACAUCCAGCAGAUUCUGAGCAGUGGAAAUCUUUCGAUCAAAUUCAUGAGUCAUUUGGUAUUGAACCUCGAAAUGUACGACUUGGUUUGGCAACAGAUGGAUUUAACCCUUUUGGGAAGAUGAUUCUUCGCCAUAGUACUUGGCCAGUUGUCCUAUUCCCAUACAAUCUUCCUCCGUGGAUGUGUAUGAAGGAGCCUUAUACUUUCAUGUCCUUACUUAUACCUGGACUAACAAGUCCAGGUAAUGACAUAGAUGUAAAUUUGAGGCCAUUGAUUGAUGAGUUGCAAACACUAUGGGAAAAUGGUGUGGAAACGUAUAAUAUAUCUACAAGGCAAAAUUUUCAAAUGAAAGCUGCACUUAUGUGGACUAUCAAUGAUUAUCCGGCAUAUGCUUACAUGUCAGGUUGGAGCACUCAAGGAAAAUUGGCAUGCCCAUAUUGUGCCUCUAAGACUUCACAUCGCAGGUUAUCUGAUGGGUCAAAAAUGUGUUAUAUGGGUCAUAGACGAUUUUUACCGUCUAACCACUCAUGGCGCAAGCAAAAAUGUAAGUUCGACAAUACAAGAGAGAAAACGGUUGCACCCAGUAGACCAUCUGGUGAUGAUGUUAUACAAGAACUGGAUGAAUUAAGAAAAAUAACUCAUGGCAAGCAGAACAAGCAGACAAUACCUGGGUUUGGAAGGAGGCAUAAUUGGAAAAAACAUUCUAUAUUUUUUCAAUUACCUUAUUGGAAAACACUUUUGGUGCGUCAUAACUUAGAUGUUAUGCACAUCGAGAAAAAUGUAUUUGAGAGUGUGAUUGGCACAAUGAUGAGCAUUGAUGGUAAGACAAAGGAUUCUUUAAAUGCUCACCUUGAUCUUCGUGAAAUGGGUAUAAGGGAAAGAUAUCAUCCAAAAGUAAGAGAAGAUGGUAAGCUUGAUUUUCUCCCAGGUGACUAUACAUUGUCAGACGAUGAUAAUAAAGUUUUAUGUAAAUGGUUAUCUGAAUUACAAGUUCCAGAUGGAUAUUCUGGAAAUUUAUCUCGAUGUGUGGCUACUGGAGAACGUAGUAUUUCUGGUAUGAAGACCCAUGAUUGUCACAUUUUCUUGGAAAGAUUACUUCCCUUUAUAGCUCGAGAGUUAUUGCCUAAAGACGUUUGUGAGCCCCUUAUUCAGCUUUCUUAUUUUUUCAAGGAAUUGUGUGCUAAAGUGUUGAGAGAAGAAGAUUUGAAUGUUCUUGAAAAUCAAAUUGCUAUUACAUUAUGCAAGAUGGAACAAAUAUUCCCUCCUGCCUUCUUUGACAUCAUGAUUCAUCUAACUUGCCAUUUAGCAUGGGAGGCAAAAACGAUCAAACAACUAUACUAUGGUAACAAAGUUGAUAAGCAAAUGCUUUCAUUGGCUCUCGGUCCGGAAAGGCGAGUAAAAUAUUACCCUGGUUAUAAGAUAGAUCGUUACAGAAUAAUUAGUAUUAAUACAACUCGCAAGUUGAAUACUAAAGAGCCAUUUGUGCUGGCAAACCAAGCAACCCAAGCUUUUUAUGUGAGAGAGAUUAAAACUAAGGCUUGGAGUUACGUGGUGGAAACGAAGCCUAGAAAUGUUUAUGAGAUGCCUAAUGUGGAUGAUGAUGAUGAGCCAUACCAAGAAGAAGAGGCGCAUGGGGGUACUCAAGCCAACCAAAAUGAUGACGAAGAUGAUGAAAUUGUGGGAUAA